CACUGAAUUAAAUGGAUGCAGGAAAUCUGUCCGUAGUGUCAGAAUUUGUGCUUCUGGGACUUUGCCAGUCAUGGACUAUGCAGGUCUUACUCUUACUGGUAUUUUUUAUCCUUUUCCUGAUCAUUGUAUCUGGAAAUAUCACCAUCAUGAUCUUAAUCACCAUUGACACCCAUCUGCAUUCCCCUAUGUAUUUCUUACUGGCCAAUCUGUUCUUUGUUGAUAUGUGGCUUUGUUCGAUCACUACUCCUAAGAUGAUUACAGAUUUUGUCAGAGAAAAAAAGACUAUUUCCUUUGGAGGCUGCAUGUGCCAGGUCCUCUUUGUACAUUUUUUUGGAGGUGGUGAAAUGGUGCUAUUGGUGGUAAUGGCCUAUGACCGCUAUGUGGCCAUCUGCAAGCCUCUCCACUAUUUGACCAUUAUGAAUGUGCAAAAGUGCAUUGGGCUUGUGGCGAUUUCCUGGACCAUUGGCUUUGUGCAUGCUAUAAGCCAAAUGGCUGUGAUAAUACAGUUGCCUUUUUGUGGCCCCAGGGAAAUUGACAGCUUCUUCUGUGAUAUACCACUGGUCAUCAAGCUUGCCUGCAUAGAUUCCCAUAGCUUGGGAAUAUUAAUGAAUGCUGACAGUGGGGUUCCAGCCAUGACCUGCUUCAUAGUGUUGCUGAUAUCCUACACAUACAUUCUUUUUACUGUUCGUCGAAGCUCUAAAACUGGUGUAUCUAGGGCACUCUCUACCUGCACUGCACAUAUCACAGUGGUGGUGCUCUUCUUUGGGCCCUGCAUCUUCAUCUACGUGUGGCCACUCAGCAUCACCUGGGUGGACAAAUUUCUUGCUGUGUUUUACUCUGUCUUUACACCUCUCCUAAAUCCAGCCAUUUAUACCCUAAGAAAUAAAGAGAUAAAAAAUGCUCUGAAGAGAUUCAGAAGCUACUACUUGCAUUCCAAGGAAAAAUUUACUGCCUAGAAACCUCACUGUAGGCCCUUCAUAUUUAAUAUAUAUAGACCUUAUAAAAUAAGGUGAAAAUUCUAGGCACUCAAUUUAUAUCUACAUGUUAUGGCUAUCUCCAAAUGCAAGAAUAGGGCUAAUAUAAUUCAAGGAAUUUCAACUUUAUUAAUCAACCAGCAGAACACCUUGAAAUAUUUCCCUUUCAUUCCAACACUAAUGAAAGACACUAUGAAGAGACUGUCUAAUAAGUCUUCCUAUGCCUUUAACUACAUUAACUGAGAAGCUGAAAUGCUUGAUAAACUUCUCUUGAAACAUCUAACUCCAUUUGGAAAGUGUUUCUGUGACAUUGAGUCCUCCUGUCAAAACUUUCACUUAACCUCUUGUCAAGAGGCAACUGAAUUAUUACUUAACUUAACCCUCUAUACAAAUACCAAUGAAAAGAAGUAGGGGGAGAAAUAAAGAGAGAAUGAAAUAACAGUGGAACAGUACCUAGGGAAUAAAG